CAGGUACAGACAGGUAUGCACCGCGGCAUGGCACAGUUUCAACCCUGCUUAUCACUCAUCGUUGUUCACUGAUUGUUCGUCACACUUGCUCACACGCCGAAUCAGCUUGAAUCAGCUGAUAUAAGCCGAUCAAAGAGGCGGAGUCGUCAUCGAAAAACCUCCUCGAAUUUCGCCAACGAUUUGGGAGCAAAAUGUCGCUGAACACGGCUCACGCCAAUGGCGGUGUCCUCAUACAUUCCGGAGAAUGUAUUCUUCUAUUCUGCGACAAUGUCACAAUGGAAUUCCAUGGGCAAGAACAGCCCGAAUUCCUCGGAUCCAAGCGUGGACGACUUUAUCUUACCACUCAUCGAAUGAUCUUCAAUGCUAAAGAUCAGAAGGAGAAGAUGCAGUCGUUUAGUUUUCCUUUCGUCACGUUAAGUGACGUAGAACUGGAGCAGCCGAUGUUUGGUGCCAACUAUAUCAAAGGAAAGUGUCGUGCUCAGCCUAAUGGCAAUUGGAUCGGAGAAUGUAAAUUCAAAUUGCACUUCAAAAGCGGUGGAGCGAUCGAGUUCGGCCAGGCCAUGUUGCGAGCUGCUAGCAUGGCUCAACGCAACGGAGGUACCGGAUUCGAUGCUCCUCCUCCGUAUCAGCCUCCUACCUCGAACUGGUACGCGGCUCCACCUCCGGCUUACCAAGCUGCUCCAACUGGAUAUUAUGGCUGGAUGCCACCUACCGAUGUGUUUCCAGAUGCACCUCCAGCUAAUAGCGUGUUCAUGACGGAUAUGCCUCCACCUUAUCCUGGCAUCAAUGCACCGUACGCCAGUGGAAAUCCACAGCAGCAACCACCGGCAUGGGGCCAGCAAAUGUCAAACGGAGCACCUGGGUGGGGCAAUCCCGGCUACAACCAACCAAGUGCUCAUGGCCAGCCGAUGUCCCAAGCAGGUGCGUAUCCGGGUUAUGGCUACGGACAGCCUCCCUAUCAGAGUUAUCCUCCAAACCCGCCACCUUACUCUCAAUAUCCGCCAACUCAACAAGGAUCUUACGGGUCGUAUCCACCACCUCAGCCGGGACCUUACGGCUCGUAUCCGAACCCGUAUUAAACUAUUACUUGCGCUUUUUUUUUUUUUUACGAGCAAUUCACGUUUAUUGCACGCAUAAAUCACGCCGCGUCGAAACGCUCAAGUACUGCUCGUAUUGAGCGCUUCCCUAUUGCGGCGGUACAGCAUAAACGAUAUUAACAUAAUCUAUUAGUAUGCAACUUGAACUUCAUGGUUCGAUUUUUCUAUAUAUCUCCCUAUAUAUAUGUGUGUAUUUAAGCGGGUUUCAAGUUAACUACCUUGCUUAGACCUUUAAUCGUUCAGCUAGCACAAAGUAACGCGUAUUUAUAAUCAUUAAGAGAUGUAAAUACUAUUAAUACAAAGUGCACAAGUAUUGUUUCCUACGUUAUCAUGUGCCGUACCUUGUCACGUCAGGCCUUGACGGAGCUGACAGCACUGGUUGACCAAAAGCGAUAUUAAAUGUUACUAAAGAAGA